GAGCCCGCAUCGCUGCCCCCUGCUUGGAGUUCCACGCCGCUAGUACCCGGCGCCAUGGGCAAGAAGGGCAAGAAAGAGAAGAAGGGCCGCGGGGCUGAGAAGACUGCCGCAAAGAUGGAGAAGAAGGUGUCCAAGCGUUCGCGGAAGGAGGAGGAAGACCUGGAAGCCCUCAUAGCCCAUUUCCAGACCCUGGAUGCCAGCAAGACACAAGUCGUGGAAACGCCUUGCUCCCCACCUUCACCCAGGUUAAAUGCCUCACUCUCUGCUCACCCUGAGAAAGAUGAAUUAAUCCUUUUCGGAGGUGAAUAUUUCAAUGGCCAAAAAACGUUUUUGUAUAAUGAACUCUAUAUCUACAACAUCAGGAAGGACACCUGGACCAAAGUGGAAAUCCCCAAUCCCCCUCCAAGGCGGUGUGCUCAUCAGGCAGUGGUGGUGCCCCAGGGUGGUGGACAGCUGUGGAUCUUCGGAGGGGAGUUUGCAUCUCCUGAUGGAGAGCAGUUCUAUCACUACAAGGACCUCUGGGUCCUGCAUUUGGCCACCAAGACCUGGGAGCAAGUCAGAUCAACAGGGGGUCCUUCAGGACGGAGUGGACAUCGGAUGGUAGCUUGGAAAAAACAACUAAUUGUUUUUGGUGGCUUUCAUGAGAGUGCAAGAGAUUACAUCUAUUACAAUGACCUAUAUGCCUUUAACCUGGACACAUUCACAUGGAGCAAGCUAUCCCCAGCAGGCUCUGCGCCCUCCCCUCGAUCAGGCUGCCAGAUGACCAUCACCAUGCAGGGCAGCAUUGUUAUUUAUGGGGGAUACUCAAAGCAGAGAGUGAAGAAAGAUGUGGACAAAGGCACCCAACACUCAGAUAUGUUUCUGCUGAGACCUGAGGAAGGAAAAGAAGGCAGGUGGACAUGGACUCGGAUCAACCCUUCAGGAGUCAAGCCCACUCCCCGGUCUGGCUUUUCUGUGGCUGUGACGCCAAACCAUCAGACACUGCUCUUCGGGGGUGUGCGAGAUGAGGAGGAGGAGGAGAGCCUGGAGGGAGACUUCCUUAAUGACCUGUACUUCUAUGAUGCUGCCAAGAACCGAUGGUUUGCGGGCCAGCUGAAGGGACCCAAGUCAGAGCAGAGAAAGCGCAGGCGUGGCAGAAGAACGGAGCCAGAGGCUGCUGACAAGCAGGAAAGUGUGGAGGCCAUUGCUCAGGAGCCUGUGGAGAUAGUGAAGGAGAUGGUGACAGAAGAUGGAACUGUGAUCACCAUUAAACAGCUGCUCUCAGCCCCACGGCCCACUUCUGAGCAGGAGGUGGAGGAGGAGGAGGAGGAGGGUCCUGAGGAGGCAGGCCAGUCUGCAACAGAGCCCUGUCCCCGGUCCAAUGCCAUGCUAGCUGUGAAGCAUGGGCGCCUCUACCUCUACGGGGGCAUGUUUGAGGCCGGUGACCGGCAGGUCACUCUCAGUGACCUCUAUUGCCUGGACCUGCACAAGAUGGAGGAAUGGACAGCUUUGGUAGAGAUGGACGCAGAAGCUCAGGAGUGGCUUGAGGAGACUGAUUCAGAGGAGGACAGCGAUGAAGUGGAAGGUGCUGAAGGUGGAGAAGAUGAUGAGGAAGAGGAGGAUGAAGAUGACGAGGACAGCGGACAGGAUAGUGACCAGGAAGCUGGAGAAGAGCAGCCCCACCCCCAGGUGACACCCAAUGAAAGUUUCACAGACUACCUCACCAGGACUGAGCAACAUUGGAUACAGCUUGCCCAGGAUGACGCUGGGCCCAAUGUCAAGGGGAAGGCGGUGCUGAAACUGGCCCACACCAAGGCAAAGACUUUCUUCAAUGGAUCAGUGUGAGCCACCCACAGGGCCAGCAGGUAACAAGCACCUUUCCGUUCCUCACAGGCAGACUACCCUAUACCUGGCUGGGACCCCUGACUGUAAAGUGCACACAAGACUCCUUACUUGACUGAGAGAACUGGAAGGCUCUGUGGGGCUGGUGUUCUGACCAUCUGUGCACGGGCUUGAUUUCAGAACCCACCAACAGCAGCCACACUGCUCUUUUUUAGUCAUCAAUGAAAUAAAGUGCCCUUGGAGGUGCCCUCUCUC